GCUUCUCCUUAGUCUAUGGCAGACGCAGUUGUAGCGGACUAAUAAACAUUGAAAACAGGUUAACGAAUUGUUUUCUUUUGAUAAUACAUGUUUGAUUGCUGUCACCUAUACUUCUGGAUAUUUAAACUUUUCUAACAGUCGUCGCAAUGACAUCAGCAAUAGAAUCCAUGGUAGUGGACGAGAAGCAGUUACCAGAGAAACCGAUAGACAGAGAAAAAACGUGCCCACUUUUAUUACGAGUAUUUUGCAACACUGGCAGGCAUCACAAUAUAAUGGAAUACAGCAGAGGAAACGUUCCUUCGAACGAAUUGCAAAUAUACACAUGGAUGGAUGCGACUUUAAGAGAGAUCACAGGAUUAGUCAAGGAAGUCAAUCCAGAUGCUCGGAAUAAAGGAACGUAUUUCGACUUCUCCCUGGUCACUCCAGAACUGCGUAACUCUGGGUAUCGUAUGCGUGAAAUCGGUGUUACUUGUUCGGGACAGAAGGGUGCGGAUGAUAACAAAACGCUUGCGCAAGCGAGAUUUAUUAUUGGCGACUAUUUGGAUAUUUCCAUUACGCCGCCCAAUCGGCAACCAGCGAUUAGACGUGGCACGCUACGACAAUAUUGACUUAAACGAUAGUAAUUUAAGCUUUUGUAAGAUACAAUAAUUCGUUACUUUUCCAUUAAUAAACGAUAUACUGUGCAGAAACUA